AUGUUCCCUGCACAGUUUGAUCCGUUGAUGGCCCAGAGCACCAACCGACCGACCUCGUCAGCUAAUUGCAGCGACUACAAGAGGAGGGACCCGAGGGAUGUUUUAUCAUGGAGAACCGACAAGAUCAUACUAGUGCUUGAUCGGAUCAGAGACGUCGGGAACAUCUCCUCCAUCUUCCGCACCUGCGAUGCUCUUGGCGUGCAGGUGAUCUGGAGUAUCCUCCCCCCCCACUACACGGGAGCCUUCUCGUCCUCCACCAAGAAGAUUCGGAGCAAGAUGCGCUCCAUCAGCAGAGGAGCUGAUCGCUACCUCAGCCAGCGCUUCUUCCAGGACGAGCACGAGCUCUUGAAAGCCAUCAGGGAGGAAGGGAGACAGAUCUGGUCCACAGACUUGGGGGCAGGCGCCGUGUCGUUGAGGUCGGGGGAGCAAGUGGAGCUGCCGCAGGAAGGCAUCGCCCUCGUGAUGGGAGAGGAGACGGCUGGAGUCUCGCAGGCAAUCCUUGACGCCUCCUCAAAGCGAGUCUUCAUCCCGACCUUCGGCUUCGUUCAGUCGCUGAAUGUCGCAGUGGCAACGGCGCUCGUCCUUCAGGCCCUCUUGUGGCAGGUGAAGGUGGAGCAUCGCGGAAUAGGCAGCGCCGCCUUGCGCGAGUCGGUGGAGAGAGACUGGAAGGAGUGGUUGGAGGAGACAGAGGGAGCGGAGCAGAGGCAGGAGGAGGCGAUCUGCGAGGAGGCGGCGGAGGAAGGAGGUUGA